ACCGCAUUCUUGAUUUCUCUGUCUCUUUUACUUACCAUUUUCAUUUCUUAUUAUUGAAUCGCUCAUCCUUUUCACUCACUUAUUCAUCUUCUUUCUGUUCAGUUAACUGUCAUGCCGUCCGACGCAACAAAGAUUGUUCUUGCGCUCAUUGCGCUCAUGCAUAUAAAGAGUCUUCCUGGAGUCUACACAUUACGUUCACUUUCUUACUUCAUUAAGGCUCGAACCAUGACUGAACCAAGUAUCGGACUGCUCGAGGCAAGCAAGUACCACAGUCGUGUCUGGUUCGAUGACCUUGACCUCAAUAUCCACCUUAACAACUCGUCAUAUAACAAAAUGAUGGACUUUGCUCGGAUUGAUCUCUGUUGUCGACUCUUCCCCGGCUGGCAAGUCACCCACAAAUUCGAUAUGUGCCUCGCACAGACCGUGCUCUUUUUCAAAGCAGAAGUCCCACGCUUUAGCAAGUACACUAUCACCAGUCGCAUCUUUACAUGGGAUGACAAAUGGAUCUGGAUGCAACAUCGUUUCUCGAUUAAAAGAAUAACUAAACCCGUACGACAGACUUUGGAGACUAUUAAUGCUGCAAUUCAAUCUGGAAAUGAAGGCGAGCAACAGGAGCCUAUUAGAGAUGAGGAUGUAGUUGUAGAAGAAGAGGAUGAGGAUGAUAUCGAUCCAAUUGAAACUAAGCUGCCCCCCAAGAUCAGCAACGAUAACAACGGCGUUGGUGGUCAACCAGUACUGACUGCCUCAUCACAAUCAGCAAACUUUGGAAACCAUCCCAACGAUGCUAUUGUAGAGAUCCCAGACAAGCUGUGUUGCAUUGCAUAUUCGAGAAUGGUAGCGAAACAUCCUAAGGGCAAAACUAUUGUCCCUACUGUGCUGUUUGCCAAGAUGGGUCAUAAAGAAGCCUAUCCUGGAGAGUGGGAACAGUACCGUCUGUUGGGUAUGUCACUGAUUGAGGGCAUGAUGAAGAUUGGAGAUCCAACAGCAGAUCUGCCUCCUACACCACGCCGGCUCGUCAAUCCGACACGCGCUCGAAUUUAAAAGACAGCUUUAUUUUAUAAUUUAGACAAUCUAGUCCAAGAUCGAAUGACGCCCCUUAAAUUUAAUUUACAUCGUUAGUCAGGCACAAGUCAAACAUUAAACACAGAUGGGCGCCCUCCCAACCCAUCUAUCC